CCCCAAAAGCCCCCACUCGCUGGCCGGCUGCCUGCUCCGCGCGCUCGUCUCGUCUCCGGGAGGAGAAGCCUGCUCGCCCCUCUGCCGCUCUCCCCUCCGUGAGCUCAAGAUACGUGAAGAUGUCAGAGCAUUCUGGAAGCGCGACCGAAAAGAUCAUGCACAACAUCAUGGACACCAUUGCUGACAAGCUCCCCAAGCAGAAGUCUGAUAAUAUCAUGAACAACAUCAUGGAUACCAUCUCUGACAAGCUCCCUAAGCAGAAGUCUGGCCAUUUCGAUCAAGCUUCAGUCUCCGGCAAAGUGAACAAGAUGUUUGGUCGCAAGAGGUCCCUCCAUGGGGUUUUGGGUGGUGGAAAGUCUGCUGAUGUGUUGCUAUGGAGGAACAAGAAGAUAUCGUCCAGUGUUUUGGGUCUCGCAACAGCUAUCUGGGUUUUCUUCGAGUGGCCUGAUUACCACUUCUUGACAAUCAUUUCAUUUGUCCUUGUCCUUGGAAUGGUUGUUCAGUUUGUUUGGUCCAACUUCUCAAGCAAGCUAAACGGAUCUUCUAAAGUGCCCCGAGUUGAGAUACCCGAUGAGCUGUUUGUGAACAUUGCUGUUGGGAUUGGUGCCCAAGUAAAUAAGUUCCUGGGUUUCCUUCAAGAUGUGUCUUGUGAAAGAAACUUGAAGCAUUUCGUAGUGGCAACUGUCGGGUUGUGGGCUGCUUCUGUAGCUGGGAGCUGGUUCAAUUUCCUAACCGUCAUUUACAUUGGGUUUGUCUGUGCUCACACACUUCCGGUGCUGUACGAGAAGUACGAGGACCAAGUCGACGAGUUCCUCUACAGCAUUCUUGGCCUGCUCCGAGAUCAGUACCAGAAGCUCGACAGCGGCGUCCUGAGCAGGAUACCGAAGGGGAACAAGAAGACCGAGUAGAUUGGACGGACGCGCUGGAUCAAAAGAGUGAAAACCCCUGCUAUCAUUCUGCUUAACUGUGUGCUGCAGACCUGUAGUGUCAACUGUCAUUUGUGAGCCUGUGUGCUUUCCUGAACAGAACGUCGGUUUAUCGCACACCAGUUUAAAUUCGACUGCACUGCAUUCCUUUUGUUCGCCCAUUCAUUAGUGGGAUGCUGUGAACACAUCAGCAAGUUGUAUGCAGAAAUUGGAGGUUGAGCUGAAAUUCGUAUUGCUAUGUCUUGUAGAAAAUGUUCAGAUGAAUAUGCGAGUUACAGUUGCAAACUAUAUUGGCAAGGGAAUGGAAUUGUGUUUGUGGCCAUCAA